AUGUACGCUCCUGCCCUCUUCGCCAGCCUUCUGGUCACUGCUCUGACCACCCCUGUCCAAGACCCGAAGAUAUGGGCUGGGGGCUCAGGCGUGCUAUGCAGAGACCUGGCGGAGGUGGAUUGCGGGGCCUUGAAACACUGCCAGCAGAUGGUGUGGAGCAAGCCCACAGCGAAAUCCCUUCCAUGCGACAUAUGCAAAACUGUUGUCACUGAAGCUGGGAACUUGCUGAAAAACAAUGCCACCCAGGAGAAGAUCCUUCAUUACCUGGAGAAGACCCAUGAGUGGAUUCACGACUCCAGCCUGUCAAACUCAUGCAAGGAGGCGGUGGAUUCUUACCUGCCUGUCAUGAUUAAGGGGGAGAUGAGCAACCCGGAAGUGUGCUCUGCACUCAACCUCUGUCAGUCUCUUCAGAAGCACUUGGCCGAGCAAAACUACCAGGAACAGCUUGAGUCCAACAAGAUCCCGGAGGUGGACAUGGCCAGUGUGGUUGCCCCCUUCAUGGCUAAUAUCCCUCUCCUGCUGUACCCUCAGGAUCGCCCCAGCAGCCAGCCACAAUCCAAGAUGAACGACGAUGUCUGCCAGGACUGUGUGAAGAUGGUGACUGACAUCCAGACUGCUGUGAGGACCAACGCCACCUUUGUCCAGGGCUUCGUGGAGCACGUCAAAGAGGAAUGUGACCACCUGGGGCCAGGCAUGGCUGACAUGUGCAAGAACUACAUGGACCAGUACUCUCAGGUGGCCAUCCAGAUGAUGAUGCACAUGCAACCCAAGGAAAUCUGUGCUCUGGUUGGCUUCUGUGAUGAGGUCAAGAAAGUACCAAUAAAGACCUUGGUCCCUGCCAGUGAGGCCAUUAAGAACAUCUUCCCUGGCCUGGAACUCAUGGACUCCUCCUAUGAAGCCCAGAACAUUAUCUUCUGCCAGGCUUGCCAGUUUGUGAUGAGUAAGUUGUCUGAACUAAUUAUGAACAAGGACACUGAGGCACUAAUAAUUAAAGCUCCUGCUUCGACCAAGUGCACCGAGAUGGUGGAAAUGUUCGGCCCCUCUGCCUCCCUAGUGCAAGGAACACGUGUCAUCAUGCAUAACUUGCUUAUUAUUCUUUACAUAAGGAAGAAGAGGACAAGGCAAAGCACAGAUGCAUAUACUUUUGUGUAA